GAAACCAUGGCAAAGCAAAUCGCCUAAGCGGAAUACGUCAAAGUCGAAAAAAAAAAACACGGAGCUUUACUCCUUUGAGUUGAAAGCUUAUUCCAUUCGCCACUCACAGCCCACAACCCAGAAGAGAAGAGACGAGACUCAACCUCCAAGGAUCUCCAGAGGUUGAUUUUACUGCUCAAACGGAUCGUAAGGACAAACCAUUUGGGUUCUGACUCAUUGCGGAUAUCAGAACACCCUGUUAUGCUAGAAUCGGUUAUUGGUCUCAAGCUCUGAACUUGGAAAAAUGAAGAUCCUAAAGGCUGAUGUUGGAGCACUCAACAAUUUUGAAGUGCUCGACUUCCUAAGAUCUAGAGGGGCUUCAAACAAUGAUAUAGGACGGCUGAAAGUAAAACCAUCUGAGUAUAAGGUUUUCGAAUAUUUGGAUUAUACUCCUGCUGGCACUCAAACAAAAGAGAGUGUGGAAGAGUUCAAGGAAAAGUGUAAACAAUAUGACCUUGGGAAUGACAAGAUCCUCAAUAUUAUUAACACUAUGCCAGCUUCAGUGGUUGAAAUAAUUGCGAUUGUAGAGGAUAAUGCAGAUGAGCUAGUAGAGCUGGUUGUAGAGGUAUUGAAUCCUGCAGCAGCAUCCCCUAAACCUGAAGCAGGUAAUGGUGAGAUAGAUGGAGAGACCAUGAACGUGGAACAAAUUGAACUAAAUGAUGACAAUAUAGAAAAUACCUGAACUAGGGAAAGGACCAAUGGAGACUAGUUGAUGCGAGGUGUAGUCAUAUUCUGAACCCAAACUUAUGUCUAAAAGUUUAUGAUGAGCAGUUAUUGUUUAUCUUAUAUGUUGACAGAUGCAUUAAUGCUUCCCAAUGCUUGUCACAUUUAUGUGAUUGUUAUUAGAAAUGAUGCUAGAAUUACCAUC